AUGGUGUCAUGCUUGCAGUUACUCCGGGUGCUCUGUAACAACAGCGUGGAGGCGGUUUGCAGUGCUGCCUGCAGCAUGGGUUCCACCAACAUCAGCAGCCCAGCUGCAUGUCAAGAACAGGCUACAGAGGCGUGGGCACUCCCACCCUGCACCGAGGACCUCUGCCCAUUGCUGCCCAUGCAUUUGCUCAUCCCGGUGACUGCCACGUGCUUGGUUUUGUUGGCCUUUGGCGUGGGGGGCAACGUGCUGACCGUGGUGGUGACCAGCUGUUCUCGAGAGCUGCGGAACACCACCAGCCUCUACCUGGGCAGCUUGGCUGUCUCCGACCUGCUGCUGCUGCUGCUUGGGCUGCCCCUUGACCUUUACCGUCUGUGGCGCCCGGAGCGAUGGGUGCUGGGGACGACGCUGUGCCAGGUGUGGCACUGGUCCAGCGAGGCAUGUGCCUACUGCUCCAUCCUGCACCUGACGGCGCUGACGGCCGAGCGCUACAUUGCCAUUUGCUUCCCACUGCGGGCUAAACUGCUGGUGACCCAACGCCGCGUAAAAGCGCUCCUGGUGGUGCUCUGGGUGGUGGCUCUGCUUUCCGCUGCACCUUUCCUGUUCCUGGUGGGCGUUCAGCAGCCUGGCAACAUCUCCAGCGAUGGCGACUUCAGGCGUGAAUGUGGCCCCACGGCAUAUGCCCAAGAGACGGGGCUGCUGGGUACCAUGUUCUGGGUCACCACCGUCUACUUUGUGCUGCCCUGCCUUUGUCUUUACGUCCUCCAUGGCUUGAUCGCCAGGGAGCUCCUGCGUGCCAGCAAGGCGCACCUUGGCGGGGCGGCGUACCGGAACCACCAGCAAACUGUGCGCAUGUUGGUUGUGCUGGUUCUGGCUUUUGUAAUUUGCUGGCUGCCUUUCCACAUCGGCCGGAUCAUAUACAUCAACAUCAUGGAUUUGAACACGAUGCAUUUCUCCCAAUAUUUUAAUAUUUUUGCCUUGCAACUUUUCUACUUGAGUGCUAGUAUCAACCCCAUCCUUUACAACCUCGUCUCCAAGAAAUACAGGGCAGCCGUUUAUAAGCUACUGGUCACCACCAAGUCUGCAGAAAGGGCUUCUACUAUUACCAGAGAGACUGCGGGCUAUCUCGAGAUCAGUGGGAAAUAA